CACGGGAGGUUCCGUGUCCAUAACACCUUGAACUUCUCGACAGCUCUCUACAAUAAUCACCAUCAGCCACGAAAAUGCUAUACAACAUCGCCAUGGUCAGCGACUUCUUCUACCCCCAGCCGGGUGGUGUCGAAUCGCACAUCUACCAGCUCGCCUCGAAGCUAUCCGACCGCGGCCACAAAGUAAUAAUAAUCACGCAUCAAUAUGACACGCGAUCGGGCGUGCGCUACCUCACGAACGGGCUGAAAGUCUACUACGUCCCGUUCUUCGUCAUCUACCGCGAGUCGACCAUGCCCACGGUCUUCUCUUUUUUUCCCAUCUUCAGGCAGAUUAUCCUACGGGAAAAGAUACAGAUCGUGCAUGGGCAUGCGUCAUUGAGUAGCAUGUGCCAUGAGGCCAUAUUACAUGCUAGGACGAUGGGACUGCGCACUUGCUUCACGGACCAUAGUCUGUUUGGAUUUGCAGAUGCGGCGAGUAUCCUCACCAACAAGCUGCUGAAGUUUAUAUUGAGCGAUGUGGAUCAUGUCAUCUGCGUUUCGCACACCUGCAAAGAAAACACCGUCCUCCGAGCGUCGCUCGACCCUGCGAGCGUCUCAGUGAUCCCCAACGCCGUCGUCGCCGAGAACUUCAAGCCGGACCCCAGCAAAGCCUCCAAGGACUACAUCACGAUCGUCGUGAUCUCGCGUCUGUUCUACAACAAAGGCACUGACCUCCUCGUCGCCGCCAUUCCGCGCAUAUGCGAGAUCCACCCCACCGUGCACUUCCUGAUCGCGGGAUCCGGCCCCAAAGCUAUCGACCUCCAGCAGAUGAUAGAAAAACACAUGCUGCAGGACCGCGUCGAGAUGAUCGGCCCCAUCCGGCACGAGGAGGUGCGCGACGUGAUGGUGCGCGGACACAUCUACCUGCACCCGAGUCUGACGGAGGCGUUCGGGACGGUGCUGGUCGAGGCCGCCAGCUGCGGCCUGUACGUGGUGUGCACGGAGGUCGGCGGGAUCCCCGAGGUGCUGCCCAGCCGGAUGACGGUAUUCGCGCGGCCAGAGGAGGACGACGUCGUCGAUGCUACCUGCCGCGCCAUCGCAGAACUGCGCCGCGGAAACGUCAAGACCGAGAAGUUCCACAAGCGCGUCCAGCAGAUGUACUCGUGGACGAAUGUCGCGAUGCGCACGGAGCGCGUCUAUGAUGGCAUCUGUCGCGGAGAGCAGGCGAGUCUUAUGGAUAGGCUGAAGAGGUACUAUGGCUGUGGUAUCUGGGCGGGCAAGUUGUUUGUCAUCUGCGCAGUCGUCGAUUACCUCCUCUGGUGGGUCCUGGAGUUUUGGUAUCCCAGGAGUGGCAUCGACGUGGCGAGGGAUUGGCCAAAGAAGGAGGUGGUCGUGAAGGAGGUGAAGGAUGGCAGUGGGAUAAGGGUAGGUAGGAAAAGGAGUGAGUGAGUGAGUCUGUGUGCUUCGGGGAAGGGUGCGAGAUGUAUGAGCGGCCCUACUAAAGCCGUGGGGCUUGUCGCGGAGAGCGUGUCCGCUCCGAUUCCGUCCAUUAUAAUUUCAUAUAGAUCUGGAUGUCAGAGGUCGGGAGUUGUGGGGAACGGCAUCGCUGGACUUAAAUAGUUCCUGUGAACAUAAGGAAUAUGGACUGGAAAUAAAUAAGCAGACGUCACGGGGAAGUGAACA